GAGGAGGAGAAGGAGGAGGAGGAAGAAGAAGGGGAAGAGGCGUCCCCUAGCCUGCCGGAUACCUGAACGAAGCCUAGUCCAUCGGUAGAUCGUUGCGUGAAAGUGGGUUUGCCAUCUGCCAUAAAAUAUCAUUAGAAGAAGAAAGUCGCGUGGAUUAGACUGAACAUUAGAAGCUGUAAAGUGUCUACAUGGCCGUCAGAAGAGGACACAUAAGGUAUUUGAAAGAAGUAUACGAUAUGCCGAAUGGUUAUGAGGACCCCAUGGGCGAUGAGCCAAGUGAUGCCAAAACCAACCUGAUCAUCAACUACCUACCCCAGAAUAUGAGUCAGGAGGAACUUCGGAGUCUCUUCAGCAGCAUUGGAGAGGUGGAGUCAGCCAAACUCAUUAGAGACAAGAUGGCAGGCCACAGUUUAGGGUACGGAUUUGUUAACUAUGUUAACCCUAGUGAUGCAGAAAGGGCAAUCAAUACACUCAAUGGCCUGAGACUACAGUCUAAAACGAUCAAGGUCUCAUAUGCCCGCCCAAGCUCUGACGGCAUCAAAGAUGCCAACCUGUACAUCAGUGGUUUACCUAAGACCAUGACACAGAAGAAUGUGGAGGACAUGUUCACCCAGUAUGGUCGCAUCAUAAACUCCCGCAUACUGGUUGAUCAGGCAUCAGGUCUAUCACGCGGAGUUGCAUUUAUUCGUUUUGAUAAGAGGUCUGAAGCAGAGGAAGCUAUUAAAGAUCUAAAUGGGUCUAAGCCAUCUGGUGCCUCUGAACCGAUCACAGUCAAGUUUGCUGCGAAUCCUAACCAGUCCAAGAAUUCACAGCUUCUGUCUCAGCUGUACCAUACUCAGUCUCGACGAUUUGGAGGGCCUGUUCAUCACCAGCCACAGCGCUUCAGGUUUUCACCUAUGAGUGUUGACCACAGUGUCUCUAGUAUGAAUGUGGCAAGCAGCUCCUCCUCAGGAUGGUGUAUCUUUGUCUAUAAUUUGGGUCAAGAUGCAGAUGAAGGGAUCCUUUGGCAGAUGUUUGGUCCAUUUGGUGCUGUCACCAAUGUCAAGGUCAUACGUGACUUUAAUACCAGCAAAUGCAAAGGGUUUGGGUUUGUUACCAUGACAAACUAUGAGGAGGCAGCAAUGGCCAUUUCCAGCCUGAAUGGAUACCGCCUGGGAGACAAAGUCCUUCAAGUGUCAUUCAAAUCCAGCAAAUCUCACAAGUAAAGAGGCUAUUUUCUUUUUUUUUUUUUUUUCUUUUUUUUUUUUAGUUUUUCUGAACUCAAAGAUCUGAAAAUUAAUGGUGUCUUUUGAUGUCUGCAUUUUUUUUUUACAUUAUAAACGUCUUUAUUGAAGUGAAAUAGGUUUGUGUUAGUGUUUUUUAGUGUUGAGUAACAAAUUGAAUAUUGCAAAAGUAACUUGUCCCUGAUGCCUAACAUUGCUAGGACUUAAAAGCACUGACAAAUCAAAGGAUCAGUCUUGGUGUCCAUUGUUUUUAGUUGGUAUAAACUACACAUCUGCACAUUCUCCAUGUUUGUAUACAGAAAUCACUUCUUCAGUGUUCAUGUUUGCUACCUUUAAGGUAUAAGAAGUUGGUGUUUAAACUAAAUGACUUAAGUGUUUCAGUUUCCUGUAUGGAAGUUAUUUUUAAAACAUUAAUUUUUUUUUAACUAAGGUGUUUUGUCCCCUCAGUGCAAUUUAUAUUUUUAGUCAAAAAAUUAGUUUGAAACUCCUCACACCACCUCCCACCUCACCCCAAAAUUACCAGCUACACUGAUUUAUUUAUUUUUUUUCCCAUGUAGAACUGUAAUGAAUUCAUUUUGCCAAUUAUUUUGACUUGUAUAAUCAUUUUUAUUUUUUGGAAAAGUGGAUUUAGUUUAAUGCAAAUACUGAUUUGUUUAUGUCUGUGUUCAGUUACACAUAUUCUUACAUAAUUACCAUUGAUGUUCUAUUUGUAUGUGGUGAACCUUGUCAAAUGCUAAAUGAAUCAUUGUACAUUUUAAUGUGAUUUUCUUUGUUGUUUGCUUGUUUUUUGGUUUUGUUUGAAAUCUUAUCAAAACUCCCAUGCAAAGUUUAAAAAUAGUAUUCAGAUGCUCAAGAUAGUACUAUUAUACAUCUAGUUGAUGUAUCUGGUUGGUGCAUCUUGGUACUGUAUUUGUGCAUGUAUAUUUAUGUUGAUAGUUUGACUUCAGUCAUUGAAUGUCAUGCUUUGUGUUUAUAAAUAGUGUGACUUCACAUUCUGUAACAGGAUGUUCCAUGUAUAUCAAAUAAAAGGCAUAAUUUUGUCACAAAUUA